GGAAGAUGAAGCUGGUGAAGUUGCUGCUGCAGAACGACAGCAUUAGAGCGCUGGCGCUGAAGUUUUACGAGCCGGACUGCUUGGAAGAUGAAUUGCUGCAAUGUGCAGAGACGAUUACUCUCGCACUAUACAAAGACAAAGAACAGUCUUCUUCUCUCGGGACUUUCAGAUACAAUUUGUUUUCUACAAACUUAGCAAAGGCAAAAAAGGAAACGCCCCUAGAAUGUCUCCCACCAACAUCUCCUGCCUUGCUUCAGCACUGUAAACGAGUGUACUAUCAAAUCCAGGUGUGGCUUCAGCAUAGAUUAGAUCCCUGCUUGUGGGGAUGGACAAGACAGGGUAAUAUUCUCAUUCCGAUCAUGUCUGAAGCAGAUCCCGCACCAAAAGAACUGUUACAAGAGGUUUCCUGUGGAUGCCAAGGGCCCUGCAAAUCGAAGCGAUGUAACUGCCGAAAAGCCGGUCUAAAGUGCAACCCUGCUUGUAAAGUAUGCCGCGGAAAAUCGUGCAACAACUCAGAGAUGGACUGCUACAGAACACCAUGAUAGCGAAACUCCGACUACUACAGAUGCAUGUGAGGAGGACGGUGGACAAACUACCGUAGAACCCGAUAAUGAUGACUUAACAGAAGAUGAUGAGACCUCAUCAAGCAGCCACGAUGCAACGACCGAUGACGAGGAAAUUAACGAAGGACUUUAAUGACUUUGACCUUCAAUGAUUUAUCCUACUUGUAACAGAUUGGGGUGGAUAUAACAUUGAACUGUAUAUACUUUCAAUUCUUCUUACAUGCUAUUGUAGGUUUCAUUGGCUCAAGUGAGGGUUUUUGUACAACUAUAUGUGUGAAAUGUAAAGUAACAAAUGUAAAACAAACAUAUUUGAACACAA